GUGUGUGCAUGUGUGUGAAUAUGAGGGCAUGUCUGCAAUGUGAACGCGCGAGGCCAAAACACUAAGUGCCGCUGCCCUCGCGGACAUCACACUCGUUUUUACCGGGCUGGCGCGCGCACACACGCAUUGAACCGGCGGUAUCUUGCAGGUGUUGCGGAUCCACAGAGUACCGACGAGACGCGUUUUGCGGGAUUAAAUUGCUACCGCAGAGAGCAUCAGCACUGUACUACCGCAGAGAAACACAGAGUUACCCACAGGAGGCGCUCGGCGGGGCGGGAUGGACUACAGUUAUGAUACGGAACUGGAAGAGUUGUGUCCGGUGUGUGGGGAUAAAGUUUCUGGCUAUCAUUAUGGUUUAUUAACCUGCGAGAGUUGCAAGGGUUUCUUUAAGAGGACCGUGCAGAAUAAUAAACGUUACACGUGUGCGGAGAGCCAGGACUGUAAAAUUGACAAAACCCAGAGGAAACGAUGUCCAUUCUGCCGCUUUCAGAAAUGUCUCAACGUCGGGAUGCGACUGGAGGCUGUGCGCGCGGACAGAAUGCGAGGAGGGCGCAACAAAUUCGGUCCGAUGUACAAACGCGACCGGGCAUUGAAGCAACAGAAGAAGGCGCUCAUUCGAGCAAGUGGCCUAAAGUUGGAGACCACGCCCCCUCUACUAUCAUCACCCCAGACCGACUACAACUUUAACACAACUAUGCCUGUCCCGGCUCUAAAAACCAGCCACCCAAACAUUGGCACAGCUGUGGCCCCUGCCGAUUAUGAACAUAGUCUGUAUGCAUCAAGCUCGCUAAGUUUGUCCGUCCCAAUUCCUGCUCACACCCCACUGCCAGCACAGUACCCGUACCCAGCCCUGCCCGGCCGUGCCAUCAAGUCCGAGUACCCUGACCACUACACAAGUUCAGAGCAUUACACGAGCGCCAGCUCCCCCGAAUCCAUGCCAGGGUACACGUAUGUCGACCAGACACAGGUGUCCACCAGUCCUCCGCUGCCCACACCGGGCCUGGCGGUACCGGCGCUGGUUCUGGAGUUUGUUCAGUGUGAACAGGAUGAGCUACAGGUGCAAAGCAAGAUAAGCGCCCACCUGGCACACCUGCAGCAGGAACAGAACCCUCGGGGCACCGUAGCCAAUCAGGAACAGAACGCACGGCACGCAGCCAAACCAGAAAGGCUCACCACCUUUGGCCUAAUGUGCCACAUGGCCGAUCAGACGCUCUUCUCCAUUGUGGAGUGGGCACGGAGCUGCUUCUUCUUUAAGGAGCUCAAGGUAGGAGAUCAGAUGAAGUUGCUCCAUAAUUGUUGGAGUGAACUUCUCGUGCUGGAUUACAUCGGCAGACAGUUGCAUCAUGGGAAAGCGGACAGUGUGCUUCUCAUUACGGGACAAGAGGUUGAGCUUGCGUCUGUAUUGGCCCAGGCAGGGGUCACUCUGUGUGGAAUGAUACAGAGAGGUCAGGAGCUUGUGCACCGUCUACAAGAACUUCAGCUUGACCGCAGAGAAACGGCCUGUCUGAAAUACCUAAUCCUCUUUAACCCUGAUGUGAAACUGUUGGAGAACCAGCCUUACGUGGAAAGCGUGUACGAGCAGGUGAAUGCAGCGCUUCUGGAGUACACGCUCUGCGUUUAUCCGCAGUUUCCGGACAGGUUCAGUCAGAUUCUCCUGCGCCUUCCCGAGCUCAGAGCGUUGAGCGCGCAGGCCGAAGAUUACCUGUGUUACAAGCACCUGAGCGGCGAGGUGCCGUGCAACAACCUCCUUAUUGAAAUGCUGCAUGCCAAGAGAACCUGCAUCUGAUUCGCACAUACGCGCACAGGCCUGAUUCCUUCACUGAAGAUACCGUCAUUGCAGUCUGUUUUCGACUAGGUGUGUGAGGGAUCAUCUCUCGCGUGCAAAAAAACCUCAUCAACCAUGCCACUGUGUUCACGAGAGAUAGAGAGAGCGUAGGAAAGAAGGAGCAAAUUUUAAUGUGCCUUCCCUUGCAUUACACACAUGCACGCGCACACAAACUCGCACGCUAAUCUAAUGCUAAUUGUAUCUCACAUGCUGUAUUACAGAAACAGUUCACCCAAAAUAAAAAUUACCCCAUAAUAUUAAUAAAAGACUUUCUUUCUUCAGACAAAAAUCGAGUGAUAUUAAAAGUGCAUUGUGUAACUUUUAAAAGGAUCUCUUGACAGAAAUGCAAUAUAAUAUACAUACCUAUAUUUUCAGUGGUGUAUAAAGACCUUACAAAAUGAACUGUUAUGUUUUUAUUACCUUAGCAUGAGCUUUUUUAUCUUUAUACACCACGAGUCCCCCCACAUGGAAGUCGCCAUUUUGCACCGCCAUGUUUCUACAGAAGCCCUAAAUGGACAAACCGUUUUAUAGAGUGCGUUUUGUCCCUACAUUGAUGACGUGUUUGUCUUUUUUAUGCGUUUCGAAAGGGAGGGGUGAGCCAUUGUUUGCAAUUCACAGUCUCACCACUAGAUGCAGCUAAAAAUCUACACACUGCACCUUUAAUAUAAUCUUGGCUCUUCCUAGCUUCGUAAUGGCGUUGAAUAGUGGCGUUUUUUUGUAGCCCAUCCAUUAUCAGAAAAAGGAAUCCUCAUAACUCUGAUGGGUUAAUUUCUUCUGAGUGUUAGCGAAACGAUAUGUUUGUAAUAGAAAACGAUUUGUAUCUUGAACGUAUUUAGCGUUCGAUACACCAUGUUGAAAUGUAAACACAUCUAGAUUAAAAUUAGGGAUGCACGAUAUAUCGGCCGACAUAUCGUUAUCGGCCGAUAACUGCUUGUUUUUAAUAUUAUCGGUUAUCGGUCUGAUAGCAAAAUUAGGCAGAUAAAUUAUGGAUUAUUUUGGUUUGUUGAACCACUUCACUUGCUCAUUGCUGGCCAUGUGAAGUUUUGAUUGGUGCUUUCUGUGACAUAGCACGAAGAUGACACGUGUUGCGGGCUUAAUAAGAGUAUGCUAGUCUAGCGCAAAGACAAGAUGUCCGCGGUCUGGGAGUUUUUCAUUGUGAAAAUAAUAUGAAUAUUUAUCCACCUAUAUAUAUAUCGGUUAUCGCCCCCCAAAUGUAAAGAGUUAUCGGUUAUCGGUAUCGGCUAAAAUUUCCAUAUCGGUGCAUCCCUAAUUAAAAUUACCUGCACGUGUUCUGCAUUUCGUCAUGACGCAUAUGACGAUUAUGAUCGUGACUAGGAUAACGACAUGAAGUUCAAGCCCAUUUCUAAUGCCGAGAAAUCGCGGCACCAAUCAGAAACGUUGGGGCUUUACAUGAUGACGACAGCGCAGUGACGGUCAAGCAGAUUUUGUACAUUACAAAGAUGGAUGCCGCCGUGGAACAUCACUCGUUCGAAUCAGCUAUCGCGUCUGUUUUAAGCAAUUUAAACUUUUCAUUUUCUUAAAAAGCCUUCAUAUCUAAAAAAGAUGUUAUCGCUGUCUUAAUGACUGGAUUCGGCAAAAGUCUGAUAUAGCUCUGCAUACGUCAUCUCCUUCAUUGCUGUGAUUGGUUUUAGGUCUAUCCAAAUGGACACAGACGCAUUUGAGAGAUGUUCGUUGGUGACGCCCCUUUGGAAAUUAUUUGUCUAUGAAGCUUUGCCAGACCAUAACUCAGUUACUACUGGUUUUAACCAGGCUAUAGAAGAACCAUUUUAAUCCCAAAAUUACCUUAGAGUCAAAGGUGCUUAAAAGAGGUUCUUAAAAGGUUCUACAAAGAGCCUUUUAUGCAACAGAAGAGAAAGUUGUAAAAAUAGGAAUCUUUAUUUUGAAGGGGGUGUGCACACCAAGGCGUUUACGUCAGCGGCCGGCGUAUGUUUUCAAUUGAUUCCAAUGAAGUGCCAGGCUUUUCAAAAAUGCCAGCAGCUGGCAGGUUUUGUCCGCACUGAGCGCCGGCACUCAGCGUUUUUUUCCCGUGCUCGGCGCUGAGCGGCGAGAGUUGAAAAAUGUUCAACUUUGGGUGAAACGCUCAGCUCGUUAAUGUCACUUCUCACUCUGCCGUCCAAUCACCGUGGAGGAGGGGCGGGACAAAUAUCAACAACCAACCGGCGCAUCGUUUAACGAUAAACAACGCAGAAGUAUCUUAGCAACCAAAGCUCACAGCUCUCGGCUGAAAAAAGCUGGCAAGCGCCUACAGUCGGCGUCCACCUGGCGUUUUUAGCUGCGUUUAAACGCUUUGGUGUAGACGUGCCCCCUAAGAGUUGGUAGCUAAAGCAUAAUUAAGUUAUCCUAAAUAUUUAAACAUUGAACGUGCAAAGGGCAGGGAAUAUCCAGAGCCUUGCGAAUGACUGGCGAACAAAUUCAUUCUUUGUAUAAUUGCUCGACUCUUACCGUUUUUUUGUUUGUUUUGUUUUGUUUUUAAUAGACAUCAAACAUGAAUGGCCUAUGGGCGGCCCGUGUUAUUUCAAGGCAAAAAUUAAGCAUAUAUUAUGCAUUGAAAGCUAAGGGUUUUCUCAAGAGGGGCUCAAUGGCCAGUAAACAAGCUAAAUAUCUCUUCAGUAACGCUCCCUUUUAAGACAGAGAGCAAGAGAAAGGCCCAUUCACCCAUCAAACACAAAGCAUUAAUAGCUCUGAUCCAAAACCUAUACAACAAGCCUGUGUGCGUUUUAAAAGAGGCUUACAUGUGUGUGCGUGUAAAUGUUAAGGAAAGGGGAGGUCAUUUAGGAUUUGCAAUUUUGCCUUAACACUGUUGAUCCUGUGAAGCUGAGAAAAUAAAUCGGCAUAAACAUUUAUUUGGAUGUGUGUUUGUGUCUAUGCGUUCUAGUGUGUGCGGGUGUGUCCGUGGGGUUCAAUAUUACGCCUCUCUUGAGCUUAGGCCAAACCGACUAUCAUAUCUGAGCAUGUUUCCGAUCGGAUCAUUUUGUAAAGUGGCGUGUGUCUGAUUGGUCUCUUUCACGUAAACAUGUUUGUGUCAAUGACAUUUGUUAAUAAUGUGUUUAACUGUAUUGUUUCAAAUGAAUAAAUACAAAUUAUUUAAACCAGCA